AUGACCUUGGGUGGCUUCACCAAGGGGAUUGUGCCGAUACGACUUAUCGAUCGAAAGAGGAGCAAGCACGUAAACCUCUUGUACGUGGAGGACGAUAACGUAGGACACUUUGCACUCAUCAAAGAUUUAUCUCGAUUAGUCAACUCACAAAUCAAUAAAAAGGAGCAUAAGAAAUAUUUCUGCGAUAGAUGUAUCCACUACUUUAGCACGAGCGCAAAACUGGAGAUCCAUACUGAGGACUGUGGGAAAUUAAACGAUUGUGCGAUAAGACUGCCGAGCGAGGACGACAAAUGGCUGAGCUUCCGCAACCACUGCAGGAAAGAACGCGUCCCGUUCGUAGUCUACGCAGAUCUUGAGUGUGCGUUGGAGAAAACAGAUAAGGAUCUAACAUCAGCUACGCAUACGUACCAACAUCACAACGUCUUCAGUAUCGGGUAUUACGUGAACUGCUCCUACGAUAGCUGA